UCGUGUCACUGUACCGCGCGACACACGCACGCGCACACGCACGCGUCUGUGUUUGAGUGGAUCUGAGCAGAAACACUGAGGUCUCUUUCACUUUAUUCAAGUGUUUACUGAAGAUCGUGGAUGAAUAUCAGGAACGGCCCGGAGCGCGAGCUGCGGAUCCAUGAGCGCGCCGCAGACUCCAGCGGGACCGCGCAGAAGCUUCUGCGUCUGAAGCGCUCGCUCACAUUCAUGAGGAGUAAAAGUGUGGAGAACUUCUUCCAGCGUUCUCAGAAUGAUGCUCAUCUAUCAUCAGACAUCAUUCACAGUCCAAAUGAUAACACUGCCACGCCUUCCAUCAGCAUCAGCCCCACAGCGAGCCCCGCCCCCUCUGUCAUACAGCAACGCCCACCACUCAAACACUUCUUCCUCGAACACGUGUUUCGGCGACCAACCAGCUGCCAUCUGUGCAAGAACAUUAUUGUAGGGAAUUCUAAACAGGGACUGCACUGUAAGACAUGUAAGAUGGGAGCUCAUCUCUGGUGUGUUUCUGAACUCUCACAGCAAGCGUGUCAAGGCAAAUCUGGGAUGUUCAGGAGGAACUUGAGUUCACCUUCGUUAAACAAUACUGGAUUAUGUGUUGUGAGGUCACAGGAGGCUCAGGUGGACCCUGUGUACACUACACUACGCUUCGGGUCCUCUCUGGCUCGAUCUAGUUUCUGUGAGUCUCCUACACAAAGCCUGGAUGAAGAGGACGAGCAGCAAAUGAAUGAAUGUUUAUCUGCUGAAGAUGUCACUGAACACUCAGAGAAAGAUUCCUCUCAGUCUGAGAAUGAGAAACAUGAAGUGGAUGAGAUGUUAAAGGUUCCUAAAGUUCCUUCUCUUCACACUUAUGUGGUGCUGUACAAGUUCAUACCUCAAGAGCAAAACGACCUGGAAUUACAUCCUGGUGACAGAGUUCAGGUGAUUGAUGAUAGUAAUGAAGAAUGGUGGAAGGGUAAAUGUGGUGAAAGGGUGGGCUUUUUCCCGGCUAAUUUUGUGCAGCGAGUUCGUCCAGGUGAGAGAGUCUGGAAGGUAACACAAGGUGUCCAUGGCAACAGAGAUCUGGGUCACAUGACUGUUAAAGAGGCACAGAUUUGUGUGGGGAAGGGUGAAGACACUGAUGGCUUUCUGAAGCUGAGCAGCGGUAAGAAGAAAGGUCUGGUGCCGGCCGACUCUCUGGAGGAGAUCUGAAACACAUCUGUUCAAAGCACCAGCACAGUACAUGAUAUCAUCCCGUUUCACAGACAAGACUGAAGUGUGAAAUGACUGUCUUAACUUAUCCUAACUAUCCUAAAAUAUAGAUCAGUGCCAUUGUUGUGUGUCAAGAUGUCCAUCAGGAAUGUGUUUUUUAUGAAGGCAUUUUUAUACACGCGGCUUAAAUAUUCUCAUUUAGCUAAGCUUUGUCUGUGCAACCAGCUCUUAAAGUUUUAUUUCAUUGUUCCACAAUAAACCUUUCAUCUAUCAAGA